AUGGCUGCUUUUGCUUCAACCCCGGCAUGUUCAAUGGCCAGCCCUGCUAUGGUUCCCACAGCCAGGGGAUCCAUUUCUCAGCACAGAAGCUUCACCACCACUGGGGUUCCCGUUGUAUGUAAUAGAUUAAAGCUCGUUCCAAAGAUUCGAUUCUCAAAGAUGAAGUUGCCUACUCGAUCUAGCUGCUUCAAGACAACAGUUUCAUGCUCUCUUGCCGAUCCCGAGACAUUGAAAACUGUUCAGAACACCAUUGCUAAGCAAUUGUCAAUUGAUUUGAGCUCAGUGGCUCCUGAAACCAAGUUUGCUGAUCUUGGUGCUGAUUCCCUUGACACAGUGGAGAUUAUGAUGGCGUUGGAGGAACAAUUCGGAUUUUCAGUCGGAGAAGGCGGAGCUGAGAACAUUGCAACCGUCCAAGACGCUGUGGACUUAAUCGAGAAGGUGAAGGCUGCUGCAUAG